ACCAUCACCAUAAUAUCAUAAUGUGAAUAUUAGGUUUGGUUUUUUUUUCAUCCAUAAUACAUUUAGUUGUUAUAUUUGUCAUUUAUAAGUAAAAGUUGUCAUUAUUCUGCUUUGAUGGAUAUGCCUACAUUGCACUACAGAUUCGAGUUGAGCAACUGGACUGUCUUCAGUUUGAUUGCCAAAGACGAGGGGGAAUAGUUUAAUGCGUGUGCGUUAGAUCAUAAGUUCUGUCAUUCAGUCAAGUGACGUGGUUUUGAUUCCCUGCUUGUACGUGACAAAGGUGUAGGGUCGCAUGUUCAACCUCGUAGGUUUUCUCCAGGUCCCCCGGUUUACCUCUCGCAACUAAAGACCACUACACACAAGCAAAUUACUGAAAUAAUAUUGAACCAUAUGUUAGUCCUGAAAUGACCUAGUUUGUGUCGAGUGGACGUUAAAUGAGUUAAACCCCCAUUUUUCUCUCUUGAUUGCCCAAACUGCCCAGCUAGUUGACUAUGACACUUCAGUCAGAUCAUACAUUUGGGAAUUCACAUGUAGAAUUCUGGUUUUUGCCAUGUUUUUCUCUAGGCCAUUAAUUUUGGCAAUGUCCUUUCAUUAUAAUUAAUUUUAUAUAUAAUUAUUGUACUACUUAUUAUCCCCCGCCUUUCGAAGAAAGCAGUGGACUAUUAAAAUGUGUUCGUCUGUCUGUCUGUCACACUUUUUGGGACACAAUAGCUCUCCAUCUAAUUAAGCCAGAAUGUUCAAACUUGGUGUAGGUGUUUAUUAGGUCGAUGGAGUUUAAAGGUGAGCAUUUUCUGCUUAGGGUAAGCGGAGAUAAGCAAUUUGAUUGGUUGGUGCUUUGGGACACAAUAACUUUAGUUCUAAUUAAAGAUACAUUAUGGGAGAUUUUUAUGGAGAAUUGGCCAUUCUUGCUAUAACAGUUCAAAAGUAGAUGAUGAAAGAAGAAUAUAUUGAAAAUUUCAGUCAAAUUACUUUAUUCUGAACAUAGUUAUCAUCGUUGUAAUAUUUGACUAGAAAUGGUAGUGAAAUGUGCCGUCACCUUGGGCGAUCGUUUGAUUGACAGGCGUUAACUCCACCUACAUAUCUCGAUUAUCAAGUAAAGUUUUUAAUGGCAUGCGGAAACGCUCUACAGCGGCCUCGCUAAGUACACUCUAUCAUUUAGCCUCGAUCUAACUGACGCAUUAUCAUCAGGAUGCGCCAUAUUUGAAUUAAUUAAUAAGUGAAAUUCUAUUUAAAUCCGAGCUGUAGCCGAGCCAUCCGUGGGUCUACAGAGUUGAUUUUGGGCUUGUUGUUUAAAUAAAGAUCUAAUUAAGACUUGCAAUAAUCAGAUGUUGCUCUUGCAUAAUGUAUGUUUAAGUGAGAGUGAUCAAACUUGGUGUAUAGUUUCAUUACGUCAAUACCUUGACAAAGUUUGAUAAUGAACAUUUUCUGCUCAGGGUAAGCAGAGCGAUAAGCAAUUUGAUUGGUCUAGACUUUGAAAACAAUAACUCUGCUUCUAAUUGAGGUAGAAUGACCAAGUUCGAUAAUAAGCGUUUUCUGCUCAGGGUAAACAGAGCAUUAAGCAAUUUGACGGUUUAAGACUUUGGAACACAAUAACCCUCCUUUUAAUUGAGGUAGAAUGUUUAAAUUUGGUGUAGACGUUCAUUAGGUGAAUGCCUUGUUGGAGUUCAAUGAUGAAUAUUGUCUGCUUACAGCAAGCAGAGAUAAUCAAUUUGAUUGGUUGAUGCUUUUGGGCACGAUAACUUUGGUUAUAAUUAAGUGAGAGUUAUGAAACACCGAGUAUAGAUCCAUUAUAUCAUUACCUUGACUAAGUUUAAUGAUAAUUUUCUGCUUCGGCUAAGGAGCUAUAAGCAAUUUGAUUGGUCAAGACUUCCGAACAGAACAACUCUGCUUUUAAUUGAGGUAGAAUGUUUAAACUCGAUGUUGAUGUUCAUUAAGUGAAUGUCUUGACUGAGUUCAAUGAUUAACAUUUCCUGCUAAAUCUAAGCAGAGCUAAGCAAUUUCUUUGACUUUGAUUCUAUCUUAUAGAGAGUGAUGAAACUUAGUGUAUAGUUGAUAAUCAGUUUGAUUGCGUGAUACUUUUAAAAAAGAUAAACUUGCAAUUAAUUAAUAUGUGUCAUCUAUUUAUUACGGGAUUUCGGCGGGGGACAUCAGCCUCACUGUUGGCUUGUUUCAGUCCAUAUCAUCAUCCAUGACUGACUUCCUGCUUCCUGAAUCUAUAAAGUAUGUCCAAAAUAUUUAUGUUGUUGGUACGCAAGAAAAUGCUAUGAAUAAGAAAGAAUGGGAAAUUCAUAUACAAGAGAUAUUGGGACCAACAUUUGUUUUAUUUCACUCUGUUACUCAUGGUUCAUUACAUUUAGCUGUUUUUAUACAUCGAGAUCUCAUAUGGUUUUGCUCAGUACCAGAAGACGAUAUAAUAUCAACACGAGCUGUAACUAUGGUAAAAACGAAAGGUGCUAUUGCUAUAUCAUUGUCAUUUUUUGGUAGCUCCAUCUUAUUUAUUAAUUGUCAUCUAACUUCCGAUCAAAGUAGAAAAAAAGAGAGAAUUUUAGAUUAUCAGAAAAUCAUUAGUGGCUUAAAAUUACCCAGAUCUUCAACAAGUACAAGUAAAGAUGCGACAGCUAACUUUGAUUGCGUAUUUUGGUGUGGUGAUCUUAAUUUUAGAAUAGAUAGAAAAAAGUCUGCUGUUGAAGGAAAAGUAACAGAAAUAACAGAAUCUUCAAUUCCUAAUUAUGAAGAUUUAACUCGUGGAGAUCAACUAACUAAAACUAUAACUGAAGGUAAAAUAUUUCACGGUUUUCAAGAAGGUAGAAUAAAUUUCCGUCCAACUUAUAAAUAUGAUGUAAAUAGUGAUAACUAUGAUACAUCUGUUAAGAGUAGAAUACCGGCUUAUACUGAUAGGAUUUUAUUCCGAUCUAAGAAAAAAAAUCAUAUAUCAUGUUUACACUAUGAUUCUGUUAUGUCUGUAAUGAUGUCUGAUCAUAAACCAGUUUAUGGUAUAUACCAAAUGGCUGUUAAACCAGGGAGAGACUUUGUCAUGUCUGCAGCAGGUAAUUUUGAUCGAGAUGUUUACUUGAAAGCAAAUCAGAGGCGAGCGUUGCGACUGGCUACAUCAGAAGUUAAGAAUCAGAAAUCAAGUACAAUCUGUUCAAUACAAUAAGAUCAACUCUAAAGCUUUGUAUUGAAGAUGUGAAUUUUAGGAAAGACCUGAAAUAGAUUAUUUGAGAGACAAAUGUCAGUGCCAUAUUGUUUUGACUGUUUGGAUGGAAGGAGUUGAUAGCAAGAAUUAAAAAAAAAAAGAUCAGUUCUUUUAGAAGUGAUCAAUAAGCUGACAAGUAUCUUAGAGAUGAAAGAUAUGCAUGGGAUAUUUAUUUAAUUACCAAAGAAAAUGUGAUAUUAAGUUAUUGUUAUACUAGUGAUGGUUGCCUGUCUCAAAAGUUUAAAAAUCAAUCAUUAUAUUAUAUCCUUGGAAAAAGGAUAAAACUUUAAUUUGAUAUGUGUAUAUGAGCUUUUAUCAGGAUACUGAUAAAAUUGAUUGUUAAGUCUGAAUUUUGAUGAGGUUCUUCAUGAUCAGCAAAUAAUUUUGAUAAAGUUCUUCAUGAUCAGCCAAUAAUAUCUCAGUUGUAGUAGAGUUGGUAAUUCUAAGAAAUGUGGGCAUUUAAAAUCAAAUCAGACCUGUAUCUCUAUAUUUGGCAUUAGUAUUCAAUGUCUGAAAAAGGCCAAUGUUCUAUUUGUUGUUCAACAGUUUUUUUUUGCUAAUGGAAUUUAGAAACUAAUUCAUAGGAAAAAGAAAUCUGAUACUUUUUAAAAUAAAAAUGUAUUGGUAGUUGAAUUAAUGUUUUAGGGGUUCUGUAAUCCAUUAGAAAGGUUAUUGUACACAGACUAAUGGUAAUUUUGAAACUUGGAAUGUGAUAUGAGAGCUGCCUGCUCAUAAGGUUCAGUCAUACCUGUUAUCAAAAUGAAGUGCAUUAAUUGUAACUAUGAAAAUAGUUUCAAGUGUAGUUUCUAAUUUGAUCAGAAUUAUUUAAUAUCUUGUUUAUUUAUUGUGAUAGAAUCAAGUAUUUUUUACAAUCAUUUGUGCCAGCAAAAUAUUAUAGAUUUAUAUAUUUCUAAUCUUAACUUAUUAUAAUUUAUUUUAGUACAAUCAUUUAUAUCUUAUGCUUGUGGUAUACUAUAACCGUUAAUAUAGUGAUUUUUUUUAUACAGUUUAAAUUUGACCCAAAUCUAAAUAUUGAUUGAUCUUUGUGAUUAAAAGGACAGGACUGUUUUGAUUGAUGUAAGUAUUAAGAGUUAAGUUUGAACAACUGGUGCAUUAUUUGGAUUUAAUUCAUACAAUUAAAGGGGCAUUAUGGGAGAUUAGAUAAAGAGAUGACAGUUUUCGCUAUAACAGAUAAAAAAUAGAAAUGAUAUGAAAUGGGGUUUCACCUCCUACUAUUCUGCUCCGAACUGGGCUAAUGAAGAAGAGAAUAUGUGGUGCUUAAAAUUUCAGUCAAAUUUCUCCACUCUGAACCAAGAUAUUAGUGAUUGAAUUUUUGGCCCAGUCUCGAUCAUCAUUACUAAAGUCUGUACAAUAAAAAACAAAGUCAGGAUUAUCCAUUUUGACGUUAAAUUAUCCAUCACAAAAUGUAUUCAAAUCAGUAAAUAUCUCAGGGUAGCGAUGGCAUCAAGAGUUGAUUAUGGUCUAGAUAAGUUAAUUAAUGUCUAAUUAUUAAUUUAGAUAACAUUUCAGGCCUAAAGAAAGACCUGCAAUAGGCAGAUUUAGCUCUUACAUAAUGUAUGUUUAACUUUUGAUUUCUAAUAAUGUAGACAAAGUUGGUUCUCUUUACAACUUUUAUUUUUGACUGUUUAAAGCAUCAGAAACCUCAAAUAAAUAAAUAAUUGACACUCUAUUAUUGAUCAUAUAAGGUCCUGUAAUUUUUAAAACUACUGGUAGUCAUAUUAUAAUUAUAAAGAGAGAGAGAAAUGGUGUUUAAUGUCCACUCGACACAAACUAGGUCAUUUCGGGACUAACAUAUGGUUCAAUUUGAUUUCAAUAAUAUGCUUGCACUUGGGGGGUCUUUAGCAGUAGGAGGAAACCAGACACCCCGGAGAAAACCCACGAGGUUGGACAGGCGACCCUACUUCUUGUCAUGUACAACCGGGGAAUCGAAACCACGCCAGAUGACUCAAUGACAGACCUUACGAUACAAUGCACAUGCGCUAACCACCAAUCGACCAUCCAACCCCCCUAAUUACAAAUAUUUUUGAAUCUCAGAAUAAUUACUUAGUUCUAUUAUGGUAUAUAUAGAAUUGUUUGCUAUAUCUUGGAAAGUAUUGUAUGACUCGCAUCUAAUACACAGAAAGUAAUAAUGACAAUCACAGAACAUUAGAACCUUUUUCUUAUUUUUUUUAACUACAUGUAAUCUGUCAAAAGAUUACUCAAGAAUAUUAAUUAGCAUGUAGUCAAGUAUUACAAUGUAGUAUAUAUUAUAUUAAUUAGCAUGUAGUCAAGUAUUACAUGUAGUAUAUAUUAUAAACUACAAGCAAUUUGCAAAGAUAAACAAAAAACAUAUUUUUUAACUGUUACUUUUCUUUACGUGUCAUUUAAAAUUUAACAGCAAACUUUUAAAAUUUGUAUUAUUUACUGUAUGUUGAUUGUUGAAUGUUUUUUUUAUAGUAUGUUGAUUGUUGAUCAUUAUGUAUAAGUUGAAUGUUUUUAUUGUUUUAUAACCUUGAUUUAAGGAUAGAUUUCGUUGAGUCAUGACUCAACCAUCAAUAGGAAGAUAUAUAGAUACUUCAAGAGAAGGUCAUUUUACCGUCUACAAAUUUUAAUAUAGUUGCCAAUUUGCCAGGAUAAGAGUGCAUAUAAUUUAGAUUUGUUAUUUUAUUGUAUCUUCAGUGUUGUGUCAGCAGUUGUUAUUGUUUAUAAAAUAUAAUGUAGAAAAAAUUUAAAUAAAGUGUGAAUACAGUU